CUGCGAUAAGCCAAUCAGCUCGCAGCACAGAAAGUGCACAUCACUUUCGGUCAAUCUUCAAUAAAGACGCGGGACUAUUAAGUGGCAGCACUUAGCAGCUGUUGGAGGGUGACACCGAAAAAAUUCUAUUCGCAAAGGCAAGGGCAUGUUUACCUAAGACAAAUAAAUUAUCUCUAGCUAAACGUUAUCGCCACUAGAUAGAACUCGUUAAGUUCUCCUGAUUAAAAUCAACACAGAACAAGUCGGGCUUAAUUAAUUGGUUUUGUUUCGUUUUGUUCAGAAAGCACCAGUGGUAGAAAGACCGUAAAACACAAAGAAAGAGUAUCCAGAAACUGUGCACGCGACGUGCAAGGCUUGAAGAGGAGGUAAUCUGCACAAGUCGCUAGCGGAGACACAGUGAACACCAACACCAGCAGCGCGCAACGUCAACCGGCAAACUGGAUCCUCAGUACAGAAACCUCGAGAUAGAGAUGAUGGAGCACACGGGGGUGCCUCCAGCGGCCAUGCAAGACCCAUCACAAAACCCGCACGAGCUCAAGAAAUCCAAGGACAAGGAGAAAGCGUAUCGCCGGAGCUACACGCACGCCAAGCCGCCAUAUUCAUAUAUCUCACUCAUCACGAUGGCCAUUCAACAGAGCCCAAACAAGAUGCUCACACUGAGCGAGAUCUACCAAUUCAUCAUGGACUUGUUUCCCUACUACAGGCAAAACCAACAGCGCUGGCAGAACUCUAUCCGGCACAGUUUAUCAUUCAAUGAUUGCUUCGUGAAGGUGCCGCGCUCUCCUGACCGCCCCGGGAAAGGCAGUUACUGGACUCUCCACCCGGACUGCGGUAAUAUGUUCGAGAACGGGUGCUACCUUCGCAGGCAGAAGCGCUUCAAAGCCGAGAAAAAACCGGACCUGAGUCACCUUAGCAAGGUGAGCAGUAUGACACACAACCCGGUCACAGUACAAAGCAUGGCGAAGAGCAUGGCGGCACAACCUCGCUCAAUGGGAACCCCUAGCUUCCUUGCACCGUCUCCGUACGGGACGGCUAUGGGCAUGGGACACGUUGGGAGCAUGACCGCCAUGGGUAUGGCAGGUAUGCCCAUGAAUAAGUCGUUUAAUCACCCAUUCGCUAUCAAGAAUAUCAUCGCGCAAGAUCACGAAGCUGAGCUGCGAGGCUACGACCCCAUGCACUUCAGUCCUUAUCAUCCAUCACUCCAAUCCAUGGGUUCCCUAGGACUCCCUAAAUCCGCCUACGAAUCGCAACCUAUCACGACGGAUACGAGUCCGUACUACCAGGGUUGCGUCUUCACGCCGUCGAGUUGUGGUAUAUCAAAUCUUUCGUGAACUUAGCGCAGCACUUAGAACACUAGAAGUAGAAAUUAUUCUAAGAAAAGCUGAAUAUUAUGAUAAACCUGUAUAUAUAAACAUUGAGGCACUGAAAAUUGAGCUAUCCGACGAAUAUCUCGUCUAUGUACAAUGUGCUUGAGCUUUCGUAUGAUUAUAUUGAUCAUUUUUUACUACAAGCACAACUAGAUUUCGUAAAGAGCUAGAAAAUUUAAUAAUUUUAUGAACAAUCAAAAAUGUAAAAUAGAAGAUGAAAAUGUUAGGCUAGGAAAAACAAAAAUGAUUAGAGUAUUUUGAAGAAAGCAAAUCUUCCGAAAUCAAAAUAUUUUGAAAUUGAAUUAACAGACACAAGUGAUUAUUAGCUAAGAAAAUGUUUGUAAAGAUUCCUAUAUACACAUAUAUAUUGUUUCGCAAACUUGUUCUGUUGAAGCUGACCAUUAGAUGAAAGAGCGUGCAGUUAAUAUUUGGCUUUUCGACAGUCGCUUUCUGUAUUCGGGGCAUAACAUUGACUGUUGCUCAGUUUGUUCUCGUGUCAACUCUGUAUUUAUCAUUGCUUCACUUUUAUUUAUACUAGUCAGGCGAGGGAACGGUUUUUAUUGUAAAUGUACUCUCAUGGUCAACGUUUGUGGAUACUUGAAGAAAAUAAAUUUUUAACGAAUCAA